CGCGUCGAGCCGGGACAGAAGGAGCGGGGACGCAGAGCGAAGAGAGGGCACGAGCACCGGAGGGGAUUAUGGCUCUCGCAACGUUUUCUCUCGGCCUCAUCACGCUGGCGCUGACACACUUGCACCCGACGAGAGCCAACGACCGGCACGCGGUGUACUGGAACAGCUCCAACCUCCUACUGCGGAGGGAAGGAUACACGGUGCAGGUCAGCGUCAAUGACUACCUGGACAUCUACUGCCCGCACUACAACACCAGCCAGCGCGGGACGUUGGAGCGCACCGUGGCCGAGCAGUACAUCCUCUACAUGGUCAGCUACCGCGGCUACCACACCUGCGACCCCCAGCUGGGCUUCAAGCGCUGGGAGUGCAACCGGCCGCACGCGCCUCACGCCGCCAUCAAGUUCUCUGAGAAGUUCCAGCGCUACAGCGCCUUCUCGCUGGGCUACGAGUUCAACGUGGGCCAGGAGUACUACUACAUCUCCACGCCCACCCACCAUCACGGCCACAGCUGCCUGAGACUGAGGGUCUACGUCUGCUGCUCCACCGUUUCCCAGGCAGACGAUGACUCUAGUCAGACCUCUCCCGACUACACAGUCAGGCCAAACAUCAAAAUACACAACAUCGAUGAAUUUAACCCCGAAGUUCCCAAACUGGAGAAAAGCGUCAGUGGCAGCAGCGCCUCACGGGACCGCCUUCUUCUCACCGUGGCGAUGCUGCUCGUGUUUGCCGUCCUUUUUUCCUAGCGACUCGUCACCCCAAGUGACGCCUUCAUGCAAAGCUGGGACCGCCUUGUCCAAAGGGCUUUGUGUCCACCACAUUGUUGUCAUUGUUGUGAGAGAGUUGGCAGAAACACAGACGGAGAUAAAGUUGCGGCGGAAACAGAACCGCAAUCAAAAGGACACAGAGAGAAAAAAACACCUUGAACUUCACUUCACCAGACUUUUAAAAAGGAGAGGCCUUUUUUGCUGUCAUAUUUACACCGGUGCAUUUUUGACACUCCAUGCGUUGUCGUAUGAAUACCACGGCAUUUCAUGCAGGUGCGUUGGCCACGACAUAGAGACCACAACCAAUAUUCAGAAUCAGGCUUAAAAUGAGUAAAGAAAGUGGACUUAAAUGAGCCGGAUGCAGACUACACACUCUUAUUGUAGCAUGGAUGUAGAAACACUUGAGGAAGUCUUUUGACCAUACGCAUUGAGGAAAUGUGGACUUUGCAGUGGAUUUUUAGGCCUUGGACCACGGAAGUAUGCUGAUGGAUAGAACUCAAUGUAGAUGUAGUAAAGAGCAAGCUGGACUCUGGAACUGUACUGAUCUUACCUGGGCUAUACAGGACAUGUAUGUGAUCAGCCAGUGAUGAGAACUGCUGCCGUUAUCCUGGACAUUGAAGAAUGUUUUCACACCGGUGCGUUUAUAAGAGCCACAUGUGUUUCUCAAGUCUUUGUGAGGAUAUCCACGAGCCUUUUCAAGAACCCAUUUUCUGCAGACAUCAAAAAUGCCCCUGGCUUUUGUGAGCUACAGAUGCAAAGCCCGCGUUUCUUAGAGGACGGCGAGUGCCCUCUCAGAACUAGUCCUUUGUCUGCGUUUCCUGCCUUCACACCCUAACAACCUAGAAAAAUACAGACCCCGGACUAGUAAUUUGGCGGCACUUAGACGCGGUAGAUGUGUUUUUUCCCCCGAUGCGUUUACCUUCAGCUCUUGGCGUCGAAUAUUCGGAUGUCAAACUUUUCUCCUCGCAGCAAUCAGCAGUCAUUCAGAAUACCACUAAUUUACAAUUCUUAAAAACCUCUCUGCGCAGCAAGUUCCCAUUUAUUCCCAGAGAACGCCAUCAAUUCCAUUUCCAGUUCAGCGGUUCCCAGCCAAUCAGUGCUGAUGGCCAUUACAGCAGUCCCGGUCACCAUGGAAACGACCCUAAACAGCCGCCAGAGUGCGGCAGGUGCCUGAGGAGAAAUUGUGCUUUGAGUCUCAAAGUAACGCUGCCGCCAUUUUGUUUAAAAGAGAAAAGAGAAAAAAUAAAAACACGUGUGAAUGUGCAAAUAAAGAGAAGUUCACUUUUUUUAUAUUGUAAUACAGGACAACGUAGGAUGGCAUUAAUCAGAUUACAAUGUUGUGCUUUUUGAAUUUAUUUACUUUUCAAAUUUAUUUAUUUUAUCAUUAAAGUAUAUUAUUUAUCUAUCUAAUUUAUUAAUGUGCAUUUAUAGGCCUUUGCUCAAUAAGCUAUUGCGCCAUUUUUGUAUUCUUUUUUUUAAACAGUGGAAUUUUUACUGCAGCAUUUUGCUUGUAUAGAUAGAUAGGCAGAUGUAAUUCAGCCUGACAAAAAGAGAGGGUUAUUGGUUAUGACUGAUCAGUAGGGACAUACUCUCAGUAACCCUACUCCAAUGUAACAGACACUGCUAACCAGAUUAUGUUGCUGAUAUCUUGUCAUAAACCGACUGUGGAUGCACAGACUCAGUUGAUGGAAGGGCAGCAUUCCUCCCUUGUGAAAACAAAGGAGUCUGCAUUGUAAUGUAUCUUUAUAAUACAUGCCGGUUAUUGAAUGUGUGUGUGCGUGUGCGUGUGUGUGUGUGUGUGUGCGUGUGCGUGUGUGCGUGUGUACAUUUGUGUGCGUAUGUAUGUAGAAUGUGUUUGUCCGUGCUUCUCGAGUUUGUUGCAUUUAGAAAUUCCGUACCCGUAAAAGGAGUCGUUUGUAGGAUCUUUAAUAUGCAAGUGUGUAUGAGAGAAUGUGCUCUUCUGUAAUGUUGGUUUACGUUACGGGGUUUGGGAAGCGGGGCGAAAAGCAUUUACUGGUGUUGAAGACAACCACAAGAAAUGUGUUUUACCUUUGACAAGAAUG